AUGGCAUGCCCUUUUGAUAACGAUCCAGUGGAUGAAGGUGCAGCAUUACUGCGCAGAGAAUUAAAUAUUCGUCGGGAGAUGGUUAUCAGACCGCGCAUAGAUGUUCUAGCAUUUCCAGACAAUUAUCUUUUUGAGCGGUACCGUUUCACGUCACAGUCCAUCAUCUACAUACACAACCUAAUCCGUCCUUACAUUUGCAACAUUACCAGUCGUAGUCAUGCUCUCACAUCCCAGCAGAUAUUGUGUGUUGCCCUGCGUUUCUUUGAAAAUGGAAGUUUUUUGUACAAUGUCGGAGAUGCAGAGCACUUGAGUAAGGCAACUGUAUGCAGGGCGGUCAGAAAAGUGUGCCUCGCCCUGAAAUGGCUUUUACCCAUCUUUGUCGUUUUCCCUGGACAUAAACCUGUCAGAGCCAUCAAGGAGGAGUUCCACAGGAUUGCAGGAUUUCCCAGUGUGAUUGGCUGCAUAGAUGGCACACACAUUCCCAUCACGGCUCCCUCACAUAAUGAAGCCGAUUAUGUGAAUAGGAAGUCCAUUCACAGCAUAAAUGUGCAGAUCAUAUGUGAUGCAGCCCACAUCAUUUCCAAUGUGGAGGCCAAGUGGCCUGGGUCUGUUCAUGACUCGAGGAUAUAUCGCGAGUCUAAACAGACUGCAACGUGGUAAGCAGCCUAAAGAUUUGCACAAGGAGAGUUUGAUGGCCUUCUGCUGGGUGACAGGGGUUACCCAUGCCAACCUAGGCUGCUGACCCCUUACCCUGACCCUGAACCAGGCCCCCAACAGAACUUCAACCGGGCUCACUGCAGGACGAGAGCCCGGGUGGAGAUGACCAUAGGCCUACUGAAAGCCCGUUUCCAGUGCCUACGUCACCUCAGGGUGACCCCUGAGAGGGCCUGUGAUAUUAUUGUGGCAUGUGUUGUUCUUCAUAAUAUUGCCACUAUUAGAGGAGAGCAACACCCUGCCCUACAAAUUGAAGACCCUGAUGAUGACCCCAUCCACCUAGGGGAGGAUGGGAAGGGUGAAGGGGUAUGGGCCCAGAGCGUCCAAGGAGGGGGCAGGUUGAGUGGGGAGCAGGCUGGAGUGUCCGAGGUGGGGGCAGGAAGACGGGGGAGACAGAAAGUCGCCGCCCACCGACACCAGCAGCAUGCCACGGGAGGAGGCCCACCCAACACCACCGACGAUCUGACGCCAGCAGAGGACAUCGCUGCCUCUACCCUCAGUGUGGAUAGCAUUGAGGGCUUUGGGGGACUAGAGGUUGGCGUCCAUGCUCUUCUGGCUGAUGAUCCAGGGGCCGGACCCAGCUGCCAGGAGCAGGCGGCUGUUGUGGGGGAGGAGGAGACCGCACCUGCACCUCCGACGAGACUGAGACGGAGGCAGCUCGCCCGGCCUGAGGACCACCCAUUCCUGGAGGUCCAGCGAGGAGGCUUCACCAUGCUCGAGCGGGAACUGGGUGGCCUCAGGCGGAGUGUUGGGCGCCUAAACACUCGCCUGAGCCGUGUUGAAGGCCUGCUGCGGCACCUUGGUCGCAUAGUCGAUAGUUUGGACAGGCUCGCUGGAGCAGCUGAGCGCCUGCUUCAGUGA